AACUGCUACUGAUAAUCCAGCUUUCUACUGGGAAUCCGUUAUAUGAAACUUACUACAAACAGGUAGAUCCAACAUACACAGGGAGAGUUGGAGCAAGUGAAGCUGCACUGUUUCUUAAAAAAUCUGGUCUCUCUGAUAUUAUCCUUGGAAAAAUAUGGGAUUUGGCUGACCCAGAAGGUAAAGGGUACUUAGAUAAACAGGGUUUCUAUGUCGCAUUGCGCCUUGUAGCGUGUGCACAGAACGGCCAUGAUGUUAACUUGAGCAGUCUGAACUUGACUGUGCCACCUCCUAAAUUUCAUGACACUAGCAGUCCCUUACUGAUCACGCCACCUGCAACAGAGACUCACUGGGCUGUUAGGGUGGAAGAAAAAGCAAAGUUUGAUGGUAUUUUUGAAAGCCUUUUGCCAGUAAAUGGUUUACUUUCAGGAGACAAAGUAAAACCAGUACUGAUGAAUUCAAAGCUACCUCUUGAUAUCCUAGGAAGGGUCUGGGAUCUCAGUGAUAUUGACAAAGAUGGUCACCUGGACAAAGAUGAAUUUGCUGUGGCAAUGCAUUUGGUUUAUAGAGCUCUCGAGAAAGAGCCAGUUCCUUCCGUAUUACCCCCUUCUCUCAUACCACCUUCCAAAAGAAAGAAGACACCUGUAUUUCCUGGUGCAGUUCCUGUUCUCCCUGCAAGUCCUCCACCAAAAGAUAGCCUACGUUCUACCCCAUCUCAUGGUAGCGUGAACAGUCUGAAUAGCACAGGAAGUUUGUCUCCCAAGCACAGCAUCAAACAAGCACAGCCAUCUGUGAAUUGGGUAGUACCGCUAUCUGAUAAAGUGCGAUACGAUGAUAUUUUCUUAAAAACAGACACGGACAUGGACGGUUUUGUGAGUGGCCAAGAAGUAAAGGAUAUUUUUAUGCAUUCAGGUCUGUCCCAGAGUCUCCUAGCACAUAUAUGGGCUUUGGCAGACACAAGACAGAUGGGAAAGCUAAGCAAAGAUCAGUUUGCCCUAGCAAUGUACCUUAUUCAACAGAAGGUCAGUAAAGGGAUUGAUCCGCCACAAGUGUUAUCCCCAGAUAUGAUCCCUCCCACAGAGAGGAACACUCCCAUACAGACUCUGUCAGGUUACUUGACCACUGUAGGAACUGAGAUCUCGGCACUAACAGAAAUGCGUCGUGAUAGUUCAAGUUCUGUUGGAUCAGGAGAAUUUACAGGGGUGAAGGAGCUGGAUGAUAUUAGUCAAGAAAUUGCACAGCUGCAGAGAGAAAAAUAUUCCCUAGAGCAGGACAUUAGAGAAAAGGAAGAAUCAAUAAGACAGAAGACCAAUGAAGUUCAGGAACUGCAAAAUGAUUUAGAUAGGGAGACAAGUAACUUGCAAGAGCUAGAGGCUCAGAAACAAGAUGCCCAAGACCGCCUGGAUGAAAUGGACCAGCAGAAAGCCAAACUGAAAGAUAUGCUGAAUGAUGUAAGGCAGAAAUGCCAGGAAGAAACACAGGUGAUUUCAUCACUGAAAAUGCAGAUUCAGUCUCAGGAAUCAGAUUUAAAAUCACAGGAAGAUGAUCUUAAUAGAGCAAAAGCAGAGCUGAAUCGCCUUCAACAAGAAGAGACUCAGCUAGAGCAGAGUAUCCAGGCUGGAAAAGUUCAGCUUGAAACAAUAAUUAAAUCUUUAAAAUCAACACAGGAAGAAAUAAAUCAGGCAAGAAGUAAACUUUCUCAACUUCAGGAGAGUCAUCAAGAGGUCAAUAAGAGUAUAGAACAAUAUAAUGAAGCUCUCAAUGGGAUUCACGGUGGUAGCUUGACGAAUUUAGCAGACAUAAGUGAAGGCCUUGCACAGACGGAAAGAAGCAAUUAUGGAGCUAUGGAUGAUCCAUUUAAGAACAAAGCCUUGAUGUUUACCAAUAAUACACAAGAAUUGCAUACAGACCCAUUCCAAUCAGAAGAUCCUUUCAAAUCUGAUCCAUUUAAAGGAGCAGACCCUUUCAAAGGCAGUGACCCAUUCCAGCAUGAUCCUUUUGCAGAACAACCACCUGCUCCAGCAGAUCCAUUUGGAGGUGAUCCAUUUAAGGAAAGUGACCCAUUUCGUACUUCUGCCCCUGAGGAUUUCUUCAAGAAACAGGUGAAGAGUGACCCAUUUACCUCAGAUCCAUUCACAAAACCCCCUGCUUUACCCUCGAAGCCUGACCCUUUUGAAAGCAGUGAUCCUUUUACAUCUUCCAGUAUCUCUUCAAAGGGCCCAGAUCCAUUUGGAACAUUAGAUCCAUUUGGAAGUGAUGCUUUCAGUAGCAGUGAGGGAUUUGCAGACUUCAGUCAGAUGUCAAAGUCAGGAGCAUCAGAUCCCUUUACCUCCUCUUUUGGAGGAAUGGGAUUCUCAGAUGAUCCUUUCAAAAGCAAAUCAGACACACCAGCAUUACCACCGAAGAAAAAUGUCCCUCCACGGCCCAAGCCACCCAGUGGUAAAAGUACUCCUGUAAGCCAGCUUGGGUCUUCAGAUUUUCCCAAGCCCCAUGAUCCAUUCCAGCCAUUCGGGGCUGACAGCAGUGACCCGUUUCAAAGUAAAAAGGGGUUUGGGGACCCAUUUAGUGGAAAAGAUCCAUUUGCUCCCUCCUCUUCAAGUAAAACUUCUAAAGACUCUUCCUUGGGGUUUGCAGACUUCAGCUCUUUUGGAAAUGAAGAACAGCAGCUGGCAUGGGCAAAGCGUGAGAGUGAAAAAACAGAGCAAGAAAGACUAGCUCGAUUGCGGAGACAAGAACAAGAAGACCUUGAGUUGGCUAUUGCACUCAGUAAGGCUGAUAUGCCAAGCUCUUAAAUAGAGGCUCUUUGGCUCUACCCUGUCCAAGUGAAACCUUUAAACAUGGCUUUUAUAAAAGUACUAAGUUCUUGUUUUAUGUUGUGAAAAUAAUUCUAGUCACCUUCAACUCUAAGCAAGACUGGCUGGCUAGAUCAAACUGGGCUCGGUGUGGCUUUUCAAGUGCAUAAUAUACAGGAAACACUGUAUAAGAUGUAUUAUAUGUUCUAGGUAAAAUUUACUGCUUGUAAGAAAUUUAACAUAAUCCCAAAAUACUGGAAGUAAAGUUUCUUUAUCUUGAAGACAGUGUUGCAUAUAGUAAACUGCAACUUGUGAAUCUGGCUUUUUAUUACCCAAAUUACAUUGUUUUUGGAGGCUGCAGUAUGCAAUUACAAGAAAGAGUCAUAAAAAGGUAAUAUUUAUAGAAUUAGCUUUCACUUGUUACAUUAAUUGAAUUAUUCAUGGUAGGCUAAUGAGUACAAAUCCAUCUAUAUCAAAGUCUUCAGCACAAGCUCAUUAUGAGAUGUUCCCUUUUUAUCAAGGAGACGCAGCUCUUACGACAGAAUCUGACAGUUUAUAUAUGAUGAAUAUAUACACAGCGAAUAUAAAAUACUUUGAAUUUGAAGCCUCUAUGAAUGAGUAGCAGUUCUUAUUGAAACAUUUAUUUGCAUUGAGUUUUAAUAAUUAUAUGUAGUGUUGUAAAAGAGGGAGUUAAUCUGGUGGUAGUAAAUUGGACAAAUGAUGACUUCGACAAUUAAAUCAUUAGGUAAAAUCAUGCUUUAUCUCAUAAACAAAUAUGGUUAUAGGACUGUGAUAAGUUUGAGUUCUUCUUUAAUGUAAGAUCAAAAAAAAAUGAAAGCUUACUAAGUUUGAGCUGUGCUCUUUCCCACAAUUCAUUUUACCCUCUUUUGCUCCAAGCACCAGAAAAUAGAUCGUAUUAUUUGUAUUAUCCAACUGUCUGUGCGAGACGGUCUCUACCUCUGUUUCUUUAAUUCCACUGGUCUUAUAUUAGGGGGAUACAGAUCAAAGAUAGUUUACCUGAAAUAUGGCCAAGUUGAAACAGAUUUUAUUUGCCAAAUACAUGUUCAUGCAUAAGUUAUAGAAGUACUGGUAGACUGGGUUGGCUUUAAAAGGCAGGUUGCAGUCCUAAGUCCGUAUAGGAACAGAUUUUAAGUACACCUGUAGAAUGUGAUAUAUUCACUUGGUAAAGAUAAUGCAGAAUACAUUUUACUUGUCGUAUCUAAAAUAAGUCCUUAUGAUAAGUUUGUGAGUUAUCUACUAAAUUACUUCCUAAAAAUGCCUUUCCUGGUGAUUACAGGAAUUCUAACACUUCAGUUGUCUUUGCCUUGGACUUUUGUGUCUAAAUAGAGUAGAGACCUAGGGCAAAAUUUUUCAAAAUGUCCUUAAUAUAUAUCUGCUUUCUUAUCCUUGGUUCUGUAGGAGUACAAACUGGGUACUUAACAUGCUGUGUUUUUACUGAUGCAGCCCUCAUCUUGGAAAAUUUUCUGUUUUUUGGAAAGCGUCGUAUUCCUCCAUCAUCUUUAAUGCAUUUACAUUUCUUACGCCCUUGCUUCAGUAUUUUUAUUUUUCAUGAUACAGUGAUAGUGCCUGUUUAUCUGAAUGAAAACAAUCUUUCUCCAUGCUGUUCUAGUCUGCCUUAUUCUGGAGGCUUUCCUUAUGCAGAGGCAAGAAUCAGAUUAGAUUAUUUUAGUCUAAUUAGUAGUUUUCAAUUCUGAAGUGCAGCUAAAACAUAACAUUUGUUGUCCCCAGCUUUUGUGAGCAGGUAUAUAUACCAGUGAGCAUGUGUCGACACGUGUGCCUGCAUGCGUGCGCACGUACAUACACAUGCAUCCGUCUAUUUACAUAUGCGGCAAUGCAUUUGACAAAACUGAGAAUCCAUAUCUCAAAAUACAUUUUCAGGAGUCACAAUUCUGCAGUUGCUGUGUAUCUCCUGUGGUACCGGUACUACAAAUACUGUGAAUCUUAAAUUUGCCUGAGAAGGGGAGAAUACGCAUUCUGGUAUGAAAAGAACCAUAUGGUGAUCUCCAGUACCAUAUUUUAAUGACCUCUUGCGAGCGCAGUAGGAGAUACUUCUCAUUGUCCAGAACUUGACUUGAUGUCCCUUCCUAUUGUAAUAAUUUCCUCUAAUAUAUGUUAGAUUAAAUGAUCAAACGCGCGUUCAAAAAUGUCAACACAUUCUGUUUUCUGUUGAUCUGCUGGACUCCCAAGUCUCUGAAAGCAAAUUUGGCCUAUAUAUAGCUAACAUGAGAUAAACCUUUUGCUAUGAAAGAGCAAUUUUCAAAAUUGUAUAAGAUUCUCCUUUUCAUUUGGGCCUAAGACACCCAAAUGUCACCAAAGGAGACAUCUUUGUGGUGUCUCCUUUGCUAUAAUAAAACACCAUUCAUAUGUAGUGCCGUUUUAUAAAGGAAAGCCACUUUUGGGCUACUGCUUGGACGAUGUCACUCAAGUGGGACAGGUGGAUAAGUUAAAUAGCUUGAUUCAUUUUUCCUGGACUUUCCACUGCUUUGUCAUUCUCAGAAAUAGCGUGAUUU